UGUGUUGCUGCUCAGUUUGGCCACACCAACUUGUGCAUCUAUUUUGGUAUUUUCUGAGCUCGCUAUCAGGACCCUGGCCGCACCAGUGCAUUUGAACAUGGAUCUGAGGGCUUGACUCACUUUGCAGGUGAUUCUGCACUGGAUUCUUGGAUUCUACAUUGAGGAUUUGUGUUUUUGAUACCACUGUCUAGAUUGAACGGUUACACACAGCAUGAAAGACCCAUCACACAGAUGCUGGGAAAGUACCGUGGUUGCUAACUGAUCUCUGGUUAUGAGAGCUGGAAGACUGUUGGCAACCGAAGUCUCCUGGAAAGCCAAAACAUUCUGAAGUUUACACAUCCCACCACUUCCCAAAUGUCCAUCUGAGCUGGAAGACAACCAAAGGAUCCGCAGAGCUGCAACAGAGCUAGAGGAGGCAAAGCAGGUGAUGCACGAAACAGAAGGAAAAUUGGUGACAUCAUGAGCUGUGUGGAAAAGCGACACAUGAGCCAUCGGGUGGGGAGCAUGCUCCACCAUCGCUUUCCCAACGGCUUCACCGACUUGUUCAUGGACGAGACUGACCGCGAGGUCAGCACUCUCACCGAUCGAGCCUUCCGAAGUCUCUGCGUUGGAGAUGACGCAGUUUAUAAUGACGAAUUGUUGUAUGGAUACUCACCUUUCAGCUGCCAUAAACCUUUGGUGGGGGAGCCGCUUAAAAAGACUCAUAAUAAGGAAUCUAAAAAGCAAGGGCAAAACAAAAAUGACAAAAAUUAUGCCCAGCCAUGGAAACAGCAGCAACAGAAAAAUAUAUCCCACAUGUCGUCUUUCCUCAAGGCAUUAAGUGCCACAGAGGAAAGCUGUGAGGGGAUGUUCAUCAAAAAUGGAGGUAUGACAGACUCUAAGGGGGAAUCAUGGGAUAAGUCCGCACUUCGCAGCAUCCAAAGAGAGCUCUCGGAAUUUUCCUCGGAUUAUCACACCAAUCUCACAGAGGGACAUUACAAGAAUCAUCAUCGACAUCACUCUGGUGAUGGUUCAUCAAACAAAACAGGCAAAGAUGUUGCCCUUCCAUCAGGGAAAUCCUCAAAGAUCAAAAAUGGGAAGUCCACUGUCAAACUAAGGAAACUUAACAUCAAAAACUUUUUUCUCCACAGUGAGUUUAGCCCUUUCCAGUCGUGGAGAGAUUUGAAUCAGUUCCCCUUUGGCCAAGAGGACACAGUUCUCCCAACAGAUAAUAUCCCUAAAUGGUACGACUUGCCUUUUUACAAGGAGCUGACAGAGGCACACAGAAAAGAGACUCUGCAUACAGAGGAGGCACAGUCAUGCCAGAAACCGGCAGUUAAGCCCCCUCCUCCCACUGCUCCUAAACCCAUCCCUCCCCCUCCUCCACCAAAGGUCCUGCCAAAGCCCUCAGCUACUCCAGCUGAGAAGAGGUGCUCAUCAGAUGGAGUGGAUGGGAGUGCUGCCCCCUGGAGGCGCAACAGGUCCAGGGCAAAAAGUGUGAUUCCAGUCAACCAGCCUGGUAUACCACCUAAGGAAAACAGUUCAAAAACAGUGGAUGAAAGUAUGUUUUUGAUUAAAAAGGAAGCUAGAUCUGUUGAGGUAAAAGCAGUCGAGGAAGUCAGCUCUUUGGCAUCUACUCCGUUCAGCAUCUGCCAGCUGAUGACUCCCCUCAUUCCCUCCAGACAACCGACAGAAACAUCAGAAAUCCUCCAAGGUGUCCUUUCUGCCCUUGACCUUCCACUAAGACCACACUCUGAGGCCAAACUGACCCCUGAACCUCCAGUCAAGCGGGACAGCUACAAAUCACUCGCCUCUAGCAUCCUCUUUAAUCUGAAAGACAACAGAAAACGGGUGAAAAGCCGUUACAGCCCACCUAAAUUCAAAACUUUAGAAGUGCCUGAGAGUGGCACACAAUCUCCACAGUCAGAUUAUCUGAAAUAUACACAAGCUGGCUCAGAGGGCAAUGCAUCUGGCCUAAGCACUCCAGCAAUUUUUAAAGAUGGACAGACAGUUUUCAGUCCUAUUUUGGAAUCUAACAGCUCUCCAAUAGGUGAUCUUACUAAGCAUGAUACUGAAAGACCUCUUUCAGAUGAUUAUUUAUUAUCAAAUCUCCUGCAAACCAAAAGAGAGGCUGCAGGUAGCACUAGUCUUGGUGAGGAAAAUCCCAUAUCCCCCUUUAUACACUCAAAAAAGACCAAGAGUCCCCGGGCUAAAAAGCAAAACUACCCUUCUCUGAAUUUGUACAAGAAAGCCAGCCCUAAUGACAGUGAUAUGAAAUAUCUUCAAGUCCCAAUGAGCAAUGGUGCUCCUAUACACAUAGACCAACCUACUGAGACAAAUGAACUUUCACCACUCACACUAAACAAAGAACUCUCUCCAAAAGAACUGCCAACAAACACAGGGCUUUCACCAAAUGCUUUAAAUAUCAACAAAGAUCGUUCACCCAUAAUUUCACCCCAGGCACUUGAGAAAGAAGGGUUGUCAUCAAAUGUAUCAGUAGGGAAAAGACCACCAAAUGUACCGGACAAAGUAAAACAACCUGCAAAAGACAUAAAAGAAAAAUACUUGGGAGCACAACCUGUUAGUUCUAAGGAAAAGGAUACAGGUGGCCAACCAAUAAGUACAAUGGAUGUGAUCAGAGCAGCAAGGGAAGCAAUUAUUGCAGCUAAAAAUAAAGCUCUAUCUGCAGCUCAGUCAGAUAGCAUCAAUAAGCCCAUCUCAGAGGAACUGAGGGAGAAAGGAAUGGACACAAAGGUUGCCUAUUCAAAAGAAAUCUUUAAGAGCAAGAGGGACAGUUCAGUAACAGAAAACAACAAUGUUUCAUCUGAAAGUAGAAGUGAAGCAACUGGUGCAACCCUGGUUGGCAAAAAAGGUAAUGUCAAGAAAGAUCCCCCACCAGUUCCAAAGAGAAAUUUUGUUAAGUCUGAUAUUCAACUUGUACUUGACAAACAGCAAACACAUAGUGUUGACAAAUUCACUAAUGGUGAUUCGGGAGAUGUGAAAUUAGAUUUACCACCAAAUGAAAAUGAAUCCGUCCAACAACAGGGCAAAUUCAAACAUAUAUUUUCAUCCAGACAGAACAAUUAUAUAAAAAGUCAGAGAUAUUCAGUCACGGAUGAGGAACAAGGACAGGAGUUUGAGGAAGGGAAUCUGAAAGUGAAUAGAAUGGAGACAGAUGAGGAGAAGAUAUCACCCAGAGAAAUGAGAGAUAGUGAGCAUAUAAUUAAUGACUUGCAUGCUUUGAAAGAGCUUGAGAGAGCCAGACUUGGCGAUGGAAUUCUCGAUAACGCGAAGAACAAAUUAGGGGUUAUUAACAUAGAUGAGGAGACAAGGGCUAAGAAUGAUUUGAUCUCAAGGGAGCUACGGAAUAUUAAGAAAGGUAUGCUGUCUAUGAGAGGGAACACAUCGGCUAAGAGAGAACUAUUUGUAAAUAAAGAGAAGGAGCAGAACAAGCAAGAGGUUUUCACAAAGAUAGACAGUAAUGUCAUAGUAAACAAAACACUAUUAAAUGACAAUUAUGACAAAGCUAAAAUGGCCCUUGAAGAGAUAAUCUCAGAGAGGCAAAAGAGAAAGAAUAAAGUCACAGAGCAGGAUGCAGAUCCAAUAUUUGAUGAGAACUCUAGUGAUGAAGGUUAUGCAACAAGGGUACAGCAACGUAAAAAAGCUAUGAAAGAUUCUAUGACAGAGGCCAAGAAAAAAACAAAUGACAGCACUCUUAGACUAAAAGAGAAAGAUUUAAAAGAGAGGUUAGGUGACCUGAGAGACCACAAUCACAUGAGACAGAUCCUGUCGCAAACAGAACCUAGACUUGGUGAGACUCUCAUAUCAGGUGGUAGGACAGUGCUACCUGGUAUUGAAAAGACUGGCAAUGAGUUAAGCCCACUCAUAAAACCUAAAGCUAAACAUGUUAAUGAUAAACUAACUGAUAAUCCAAGCUAUGAACCAGAAGAGGUGAAUUUGAGACACAUGGUGAGACAGAUGUCUGAAGAGAGUGGAGAAAAUCUGAUGAACCAAGAUGAAGGCAAAAUGAGAGAUGUUCCUCCUGUUCCUCCUAGGAUCAAAAAGGGAGGGAACAGAAGAGAUGGAAGUGUUACUGUGGAGACAGAUAGUUUGAAAGAUGUAAUAGAAGAGGAUAUCUUUAACAAUGAUGGAAAAUGUGAAAAUGGUGACUUAAACUUGAAAGAUAUGAGAGGAGAGAGGAGUACAGGUUCAGAAAAACAUGAGGUAGGUAGUGACCUGUCUACAAAACAAGUUGUACAAGGUCAAACCGAAACCAGUUCUGAUAAAAAGAGGGGGGAUGUAGUAAAUAAUACAAGUUCAAAAUUCAUUAUUGAAACCGAUGCUGUUAUGUAUGAGUCUAAAGAAAAUGAAAAUAAGGCAAAUAACUUGCAAGCAGAUAUUAGCCCCACUCGGGAAGCCACAUUUGAAAACAGCAAUGCAAAGGCACAGGAAACAUACAAGCUAAAGCGGAAGGCUCCUUUAAAACCAGACCAUUUAAACACACCAGAUGACAACUUAACAAACAGUUUAGUGGUAGAAGAACCUGACAAAAUAAACAGAGCUAGUGAGGAAAUAAAUGUGGAUGCAGAAGCGCUUUAUGAAAUCCCUAGGAAUAUAAUAUCACCUUUGUUGUUGGUAAAUGGUGUUAGCAUCAAUCAGAGCCCACCUGAUCAAGCCAGCUUGUCCUCAAAAUCAUCCUACUUCUCUGCGGAGAGUGCACUGCACAGAAACACUGAGACCGAGUCAAACGUUUACCACUCUCUGGAGAACUUGAUUGGUGAGGUGGAGGAGGCUGAUGAGGUGAUGCAGAAUAUUUCAGAAAGCAUAAAACAGGAUACGGACAGGACAGAAGUGGAAUAUUAUUCUUUAAGUGAUCAUGAAAGUGAGCCGGGGGUUGUAAGGCGACCAAUAAAAUCUCCUCAAAAAGAGACUGAAGUACCGUACAAGGACAACAAAGAAAGAGAAAAUGCCACUGCAGAUCAAAGUUCAACUCAUGAUGAAAAUAAUCAGACACCAAUGUCACCCUCCAACAUUUUCUCUCCAACUUUGGGGAUCCCAGCCUUAUUUAAGGUCAAAGACAACACUUUCAGCAAUAAGUUGAAGAAGACUGUACAUCCCUGGUCACCAAGAAGUAGUCUGAGUGGUUCAGAGAGGGGAGAUGAGGAGUUACAUCAAGUAAAGGAAAAUCCAGAACUUCCUCCGCCAAAUGAACCUGCCUCUCAUGGUAGCACACCAAUCCCAGAUGAAAUCAAACCUAAAGAGAUUGCAUCAAACAGUUCACCUCCCCUGCUGCUGUCUCUUUCAAAUCUGCCAAGUGAAAAUCCAAAGAAACCACAGGUUGGAGUGUUCCUCACUGUCCCACAGGAGGAAGACAGAUUUUCUGGCGUGAGCCCGUCAUCUGAAGGCGUGGAGAGUUUAACAACCAGCACAGCUGACACAGCGGAUGAGUUGGGAAUGAAUGUGCGGGAAGUAUCAAAGGUUCCCAGUGAAUGGUCUGGGUCCACUUGCAGUGGUAAUGAAAGCCAAACAGGGCUGCCCAAACCCCCAGCUGUCUUGCCCAAAUCUGAAAAGGCUGUUCUCAAAGCCAUUAAGCUGGCAAAUAGAAGGAUGAAGAAGGAGGAGGCCCAGAAGUCCUCCCACAAGUCAUCUCAAAGCAGCAAACACAGAGUGGAUAGAAACAAAAGUGACAAAUCUGAGCACAAAAGCAGUAGAAAUAGUAAAAGCAGUGAGAGGGAACACAGAGAAAAGAUUGAAAAUGGUCACCAUCACAGUAAAAGCCAUGGUAAAAAUGACGAUCGGAGUGAGCAACUACUCUACGAAAGAAGAGGCCACAAGAGUGAAAACCACCAUCAAGACAAAACAGACAGGGGCCACAAGACUAGGAGACAGAGCCAUGAUUUGGUGGAAAGCAAUAACCUGAACAAUGAAGCACUACCCAGUGUUGCAACAGAAAGGCAAGGCCGCAGCAGCAACAAACAUAUUCGAGAUAAGCCAGAGCAAAGACACUACAGCAGCGAUAGGAUCAUCAGUAAUGUACCUGUAUACAAAGCUCACGUCACCGAGAGACCCACAUCGGACAGGCCAUUGCACCGAUCACAAAGCAUUGACAGGUACUUAGGAGAUAAAGUGGAGCGCAGGCUCAGUGCCGAUAUGUCAGUCAACGAGAAGCUUGAUCCAAGGACCCAGCGCAUUGAGAAAUCCAUCAUGGACGAACUUCAGCAGAGAGGCCGUACCAGAGACAAGGUGAGCAGAGAGAACCCAUUGAGAAGGAGUCACAGUAUUGAUACGUACAGCACAGACGUGCCGCACCCUUCAACUCUGUCCCGCCAGUCAAGCCACACCAGCCACACCAGCCACACCAGCCAGCUUUCUCGCCAGUCUAGCAUUGAACAUGCCAUUGUUACGCAGUCCUUUCCUAUGACCCAACGUAAGCUCCUCCAGGAUCCAGACUCUGGGCAGUACUUCUUUGUUGACAUGCCCGUACAAGUCAAGACGAAAACUUUCUUUGAUCCUGAAACAGGAAGUUAUGUGCAGCUGCCAGUCCAGCCGCCAGAGGGUGCCGUUCCUCAGGCAUCCCCCUUGGAGGUUUUGACCCCACCUAUGGUUGUGUACCACAGCUUUGUCCCGGUGCCUCUGUCUCCCAUGGCUCAGAAAGCUACUAUCCAAGCCUCUCAUAUGACACCAGAGGAGUUUGAGCAGAGACAACUAGAGAGGUCAAGGCAAAGGCACUGUAAGGAAAGACAUCAAUAUUUAGAGCCUGUCUGUGGUCAACAUGACCACAUGUUAGGGGAGUUUCUAGGCACUGAGGAGCUGGACUGUGCGAGCUGAUAGGCCAUGAGCUUUGAAAGGAAAAAUCCCCCCUCUGCUUAAGCUGUUUUGUGUCAUCAAAUUGUGGUGUUCAUUGCAUUCCAGGGAUUAUUUUGUGUUCAAGUGUUCUAAGUUUUUGUUUCCACCUUCACGUUACCUAGUCUACUUUUACUCUAGUUAGUGAUUUCCUACAUUUGCUACAAGCAACGUUUCAUUGAUGAAUUUCUCCCUGUUUGAAUGCUGGUACAAGAUGACUACUCCAGCAAGAAGCCAUUUUUUAAACAUCUUUUGUUUUUAAUACCCUUGUAGCCAUGAUGGAGAUAUUUCAGUGUGAUGUUUUGGUCUGUUAUAUACAGAAUAAAAACACACCAUGAGCAGAAAGAUGGAUCCAGAAAUGCAAGGCACACACUGUUUUGAACAGUGUUAAAGUAUUUCAGGGUGGAUUUUUCCUUCAAGGCUUUUCAUUUAAGUGUCUGAUCCUUGUAUUGCUUUUGUUGGCUUAACUUACACAAGACACAGAUGCUAUGCAGGCUUUGUGAGGCCUCGAUCGCUUUUAUGAAGAGACACGAGUUUGACUUGAGUGAACUGACGGGAUAAUGAAUUUGUGAAUGAAUGAAUUUUUGUCGAAUGCUGGUUUGACAAAUCUGUGUAAGAUAUUUUUGAGAAAGACGAAAGGAACAUGGACAAUCCAUGUACAUAUUGUAUUUAAGUGUAAACAGAGAGAGGUAAGUUUGAAUGUAAAUGUGGAAUAUUUAUUGUAAAUGCUGUUUGUUAUACACAUCUACAGUGGUAUUGGGGUCUCCACUGCAUUUCAGGUAUUGUGUGGUGUUUGUUUUAUUAACUGCAGUUUGUUGCCUUGAGAUUUCUUUUUUCACCAGACCGUGUGCAGUCACUUAAGUUAUCCUUCAAGGUACUUGAAACAAAUUGAAUUCAUUGAAACAUUUUCUUUGAUUUGUAGGUUACAGAUUUCAACUGAUCCACACAACUAAAAUUUUAAAAAUUUGCAUGCUAACCUAUUGAAUGUCUUUGAGACGACACAUUUCAUUUAUACUGUCUAAAAGCUUUAACUGGCAUUAUGCCAAUUCAUAUUUUUUUUAAUAUGCAGAGAAGAGGAGGAGAGGACAAUUGGUUUUGCAAGUUUGUUGCAUUGGAAUUUUUUCUAAAGUAGAAUAAAGCAGGGCUGUAUUGUGUCUGUGAUCCAUUCCAAUAAAAAGAACAACUGUUGUUACAGA